CGAUUUGUGAGCGCAUACACUCCCGCAGUGCAAUACCACUGAGCUCCGAGCCUGCAUCCAAGCCUGCGCCCAAAGUCGAUGACACGCUGCAAUCGCUCUCGAUGGAGACCGGCAACGUCAAGACGCUGGCCACUCAAGCAUCAGCGGUUCUGCCAGCGACGCAAGUCGACGAAUCGUCUGAGCCGCCUGGUCCUAGACCAUGGAACAGGUUAAUUCCGCAGCUCGCAAGGGUGGAACCUCCAGCAAUACGCUUACCUUUGGACCUUCCCGGCAGUGUCAAAUUGGAAGCUGUGGAGAUCGACGUGGCUCCCAAAGCCAAAAGGCUGAUUUAUCAUGACUGGCACCCUCGAAGGCAGAUCCUCGACUUUGUCGACUUGGGAGGCGACGCCUCGCUGAACGAGGACGAUCUGCGAGACCUGCAGUCCAGCAUUAGGAGCCCACCGGCUCGCGCAUCAGGACCUGCCGUUGAUGAAGGCCACAGAGCCUGGGCCACGAAAGCGGAGAUUAUAGAGUUCCGCAACGCUGUGGCGGCUGGGCGCAAUCCGGAUACGGCGUCGCUCAAUAUUCGACCUCACGCGAGGAACGCGCUCAACAUGACGAUGGGCAAAGCGACGGAGUCCGGCAGUGAGACCGAGGAGUCCCCAUCGGCGAGCAUUCAGCCCAAGCCCGCUGCUGCCGCCGCAUCGGUGCGCCAGCGAAGGGGGCCUGUCCUGCCUGCUCCUCCUUCCGGAAUCACGUCAAGACAAUCUCGCAAGCGAAGAUGGCAGGCUGAGGAGCAAGACAGGGAAGAAGUCGCGCGCUCUCCACCUACGACCAACGUGAGCAAUUCCGAGCACGAAAAGGAGUCUCAAGCUGCUGCCAAGGAGAGUUCCCAGUCGGUGAUCGUCAUACCCAGCAGCGACCACGAUGCUGCACCUGGCCUUUCGGCGGUGGAGCGGCCCUCGACGGCUGAUGUCCCUGCCAGGCAUGCUGCCGAGCCUUCUGCCACAGCCGCCAUGGAACACGUCACAUUAAGGGUGCCAGACGCUCAUCCCGGCGCUCAGCCUGUGAUCGACCAAGCAUCAGGCCAAGCAAGCUUGGCGGAUAGCAAGGGCAGACAAAGGCAGCGGAGUGCGACAUUUGAGCUGAACGCAGCGGAUGGUGUGCCCUCGCAUGCACAUUUGUCCGCCGCCGUUACAAACGGCUCUACUCUGCUUCCAGAACAACCUCGCGAAACAUCCGCAGCCUCGCAUGCCCCCUCAAUUUCAACGUCUGCGCCCGUCAACACCACGCGCGAGGGUUCCGUGGCUUCUCUCGCCUCAUCUGCGCCAGCACCACUUUUGCCUUUGAAACGAUCUGCGCCGUCCCCUCUACCAUCAGAUGCCGUCUUCAUCGAGUUCUCCGAUAGCAGUGAAGACGAGUACGAUCGGGAUGGACGUCCCGUCAUGCCUCUGGCGCCGCAAAGACUGCCAAGUCAGAGCAAUGGUCGUCUGACACAGGCUAGCCGCCUAAGCAGUUCCGAGCUGCACGCGAAGCCCCUUGCUGUGGCUGGCAGCAAAGAAGCUCCUUUCUCGCUGGACGACGACGCAUCCAACUCUUCGUCUUCUACGCUCCUGGCCAGCCCUCUGCACCUCUUCAAGCGACCUCGCACCAGUGCAGAUCAGCCAUCAAGGACGGGCCAGCCUACGCCUCGACCGCACGUCAGCUCUUUCAUCGGACAUUCUGGAACGAUUAGCGACAGCGCUUUGGAUGCAGAGAAACCUGCUAGUCAGCCCAGACCUUCUGCUCCACCGACUGGAGGGAGGCAUGCUCUCGGUCAGGGCAGAAGGGAACCUCGUCAAUACAUGCCGAACCCCAUCGAAGUCCUGCAGCAGGCACAAAGGGCAAAGGAGUCAUAGAGGCGGAGCGGCAUCGAUCUUCACAUUGAGGCGCGGCUAGAUGAAACGCGCAAAGAAGAUGUCUGAACGAAGAAAGCAGGGCAGGGCAGAGUGCGGGAGGGAGAGAUAAACCGGCAACGAAUCGUAGGGUGCCGACUGCGCGCUCA